AUGGCACCAAUCGUUCAAAUUCACUCGCAGCUGGAUGAACAAUCUGCCCCCAACUCCAGUCCUCCUACAUCUCCUGGAUCCUCCUCGGACAAAGAGAACCCUCGACCACAAGCCAUCAACAAAAGAUCCAGAGCGCAAAUGGCGCCCCCAAGCCACAGCAAACGGCGUCGCCUCACCGAUCGCACUUCCAACAUUCACACCCAAACUCCCUCGUCGCAACGCAUUGGGAAGAACAAGUUCUACGAUCCUGAUCAAGAUAUCAACGAGCGGAGAAAGGUUCGCAAGGACCUGAGAGAUUUAACAAGCGCGUUCAACGACUCGCGAGGCGAGUAUCUCCAGUCUGGCAACGAUGGAAUCGUCAAGACCGUUACACAAUUAAACCACCUUUACACGAAGGUCAAACAGACCUCAGAUGCCACCCUCGACUCGCGACUCCUGGUCAACGCAGCCGACCUCUCUCAUAAAAAGACCGCCCAGCUCGCGGUCGGCGAAUCCGGUGCUGGCAUCGAUGUCGAUGAAUUUGUCUCCAAAUGUAUCUCUUAUAUGCGCCGGGGGCCUGGAACAACUAUCACCCCAACCCAGCGCCAGCGUCACCGACAAAGCCAAAGAGACCCCAAUGCGAGCGAUGGCGAGGACGAUGGAGAUGCAAUGAACUGGGACUGGCUUGGCCGCAAAGCUUGCCUCCCGUUUAGUUCUCGUCCGACUGUGUCGGGAUUCUUGCUGGGCCCGCUCUCUGUAGAGAAGCGCACGCGACAACUCACGCAGCGCAGAGCGACAGAACGCCCUGACCCUUCACAACUUACUAGGCCUAACGAUCUAGUCCAAGAAGACCUUGGACAAGAGGAUAACAACCUCACAGCGAUGUGUUCCACCAUCGGCCAAUUGCUGUCCUUUACACAAGCGCGCAGCCAAGAGCAAGCACAAAAGGAACUGGAGGACACGUAUGGGAGUGAUGCCCCGGGAGAAGAAGUGAUUCAGGCUGUUAUGGACAAGCACAAUGUGUGCGAUGAUGGGGGUAUUCCUCUGUUCAAAUUCUGUAUCAACCCGCGAUCUUUUGGACAGAGUGUUGAAAAUCUGUUCUAUGUGAGCUUUUUGGUCCGUGAUGGUCACGCAGGCAUCAACACGGACAGUCGCAACCUUCCAACACUUCAGCAUUCAAAACCAUACGAACCCAACGAAGCUCAACAAAAGGGCAUCCAGAAGCACCAGGCUAUCUUCAGUCUCGACUUUGACACCUGGCUAGAGCUUAUCAAAGUCUUCGAUAUCAAGGAGUCCAUCAUUCCCCACCGCGAGGAAAUGGAAGAAGCUAGUGGAACCUGGCAAGGUUAA